AUGGGUCAGAAUAGAGAUGAAGUGAUGGGAUUGAAACUUCCAGAGCAGGCUGCUUUGCAGCCUGCACCAACUGGUCUCGAUGCGGAAGGGACAUUGCAAGAUGCUGUAAGAGAUCUAAUAACAUCCUACCAUGAACUCAAUCCCUCGACAAUCGACACUCUCACAACUGAACCCUCACCCCUCCAAUUCAUGCGCCACGUCGCCCGCAACCGCCCCUUCAUCGUUCGCAACGGAGCCAAAGACUUCAAAGCUAGAAAAACAUGGAACGCCUCGUACCUAAAAACCGUGAUGCAAGGCCAAAACGUCAACGUAGCAAUCACCCCCCGCGGAAACGCCGACUCGGUCGUCUCCCUCCCCUCAGAUGGCGCGAUAUUCGUCAAACCGUAUGAGACAGAAGAGCCCUUUGAAGAAGUCCUCCACAAGAUACAACGCCAAGAGCAAGAAAACGACUACACCGGCCCAACACGCUACGCGCAAACCCAAAACGACAAUCUACGUAACGAGUACUCUACGCUCUUCGCCGACGUGCCCAAGAGCAUACCCUUCGCGCGUAUAGCCCUUGAGCAAGAACCCGACGCCAUCAAUUUCUGGCUUGGGAAUUCGUAUUCCACGACUGCUCUGCACAAAGACAAUUACGAGAACAUCUACGUGCAGAUUCUGGGGCGGAAGCAUUUUGUUCUCUUGCCGCCUGUAGAAGCGGCUUGUGUUAAUGAGAAGAGCGUGCUGGCUGCGACUUAUACUUCGAAACGGGAGGAUGGCGCGUCUUCUAGUGCGCUAGAGAAGGGUGAUCUGGUUAUCAAGGUCGAUGAGCCGGAAGAAUAUGUACCUUUCGCGACAUGGGAUCCAGAUCAGCCUGCUGCCAACACCACGCCUUACUCCCAAUACUCGCAACCACUCCGAGUCACGCUAGAAGAAGGCGACAUGCUUUACCUACCCGCACUAUGGUACCACAAAGUGAGCCAGAGCUGCAACGAAGAAGGGAUCUGCUGCGCAGUAAACUACUGGUACGAUCUCGACUUCAGCGGCGGGUUCUGGAGUACUGCGAAUUUCGUCCGGAACGCGGGGCUACUGAGCAUGGGCGACAAAACUGCAGUACAGGGAUAA